AUGGUCUCUACCUCGAUCAUCAUUGCAGCUCUGGCCGUUGGUGCCGUUGCAGACCUGCAUACCCAGGGUGUUUGUGUCGACACUCCCGGCAAAGGAGUGCAAGUGUACAACCGAAACGCGACAGAAAGCGCAUGCCGCGCCUACAAAGCGCGGAACACUGGUGACGAGCAGUGGGAUCAGUGCCCCGACUGUACUCUGCAGAGCGAGCGGGACUUGCUCUAUUACUGCGAAUCUAAGGGCAGCCAUAUCGGAGGAGAUGAGCUCAACUACUACUGUACGCAGGGCGGUGCGGGAGACAGUGUGGCCUGGUAG